UGUUCAGUGAUGUUGUUGCAUUGAAUGUGUGUUGUUGACAACAGAAUACAGAGCUACAAAGUAUCUUUGCAGCUAGUCAGCAACAGCACGAAAUGAUCGAAGUUGCACUCGUUAAACGAGGAGCUAGGAUAAGCCUAUCAACAGCAUAUGAUGAGAAGUACCCUCCUGAAAAUAUCAUUGAUGGAAAUAAAAACACAUUCUGGUCAACAACAGGAAUGUUCCCACAAGAAUUCGUAAUAAGUUUUCCUUCCACGGUGGAAAUCGAUGCUAUAAAAAUGACUUGUUCAAAUGUUAAACAAAUUUCUAUUGAAAAAUCGUCAGAACAAGAACCAAUCGAUUUUCAACCACUUUCACAGAAAGAACUGAGCAAUCUCGAUGGUCAACUACAAAUGGACGAAUUUCCGAUGCCAGCGACUUCUACAAAUCAUCUUCGCUUUGUAAUCAAGUCGGGUUACGAUCAUUUCGCUGCUGUCUAUCAAGUAGCAAUUGAUGGCUCACUGGACGAUUGACCCAAAAUUUAUGUGUUUGGUUUGAAGUUUCUAAAAGAGGCCACUGACACUUAUUUAUUCAUUUUUGAGCUGAGUAUCUUUACUAUUUUUAAUGCCUAGUACAGUGAAAUGCCUCAGAAAGGAAUGUACCAAAGAUUAUAGGUGCUAUACAAUAUAUUACAUAGAGGUCCCGUAGUCAAAUCUGAAGUUCUCCUAAUAGUAUCUUAUAAGUUUUGUACGGCGUUAACAAUACCCAAUUGAACUUAACUUGUAAAACCUCAGACUUACCAUAUAUAGCCUUAUAGCAUAUAUAGGCUCUAGACCUUACCUCUAGACUAAGGUUGUAAAAAUAUUUAAAAAUAAUUUAUAGCUAUAUCCAUUUUGGCAAUUGUAAUGUUUAUUUUACUGAUUUUUAUUUUAUUUUGAGUGCCCAUAUUACAGUAAUCGUUCCAGUUUGCAAACAAAUUAACGGGAUUCAAAUUUA